AUGCAUUUCCAAUCCUUACAGAGGUCUGAAGGGGGUGAAUCCCGAGAAGGUGGUGCGAAUAAUAUUUGUGCUAACAAUAACGGACAUGUGUAUGGUGAAAAUGUGGAGGUUCGUGUUUUGAGUUAUAAUUUUAAUAUUCUUCCUCGAGGUUGCGGUGGUUUUCAGAAUGAACGUAUCACCACCUUCCUGGAGUGUGUGGAUCAGUAUGAUGUCUUAUUACUGCAAGAGGUCUACGCCACCUCAUUGCUUCCAUACUUUGUACAGAAACGUAUCUGUGCAAAAAAGAGAUUAUUGGAUGAGUUAAAGCAACGGGGAUUUUCACACUAUGUGAUCUCAAAACAACCUUCAUACCCUACAAUAUUUAAAAACAACGUAUUUACAGAUAAUGGACUUAUUAUAGCGUCUAGGUUUCCUAUUGGGCAACGUGGAUCCUAUACCUUUUGUAGUGACAAGAGAAGUGAACAAUCUGUCCGAAGAGGUUGCCUGUUUGCUGAAGUAACAGUUCCAACAAGUGGUAAAGGAAGUGAAUCUAUUCUUUUCUUUAAUGUUCAUCUUCGUCCUGAAGAAAGUUCUGUUGAAGCUUCAGCACAGGUUAUGGAAACACGUCGUUUUGUGGAUUCAGUUCUUGGUCAUCUUAACGCUUCUCAGGAAGAUGGUAAUCAUCUUCCUUUUGUUUUGGCAGGUGAUCUUAAUAUUAACGGUAUUGAUCUUCAUCAUGUGGGACAAACAACAAAGAAACUUAAUGAUUUUAUGAAUGAGUUUCAAACAUUAGGUGGGGGAAUUACGGAAGUUAUAUUUGAUACAUAUGGAUAUCAUCCACCUACAAGACCAACCAAGUUAUUUUUCCCAACACAAUCGAAAUUAAAUCGUAAUUCUCUUACCCCACAGAGACAGGAUUAUUUUUUUGUGAACCCUACAGUAAAAGUUUCUGCAGCACGAAUUCAGAAGUUUGUUACGAGCAGUGAACGACCUUAUGUAUACCUCUCUGAUCAUUUUGGUGUGUCAGCGGUACUUAAUAUUCCUGUUACUGGAAGAGUGGUACAUCAAAGUACACUAACACGACGACAACUUAAUCUUGCCGUAGCAGGUGAAACUGUACAUGAACACUCUAACCCUUUUUCAAGUACAAAAAUGGAAGUUAUUCCUCUUUUCUUACUUGCAUGCGUUCCAAUGUAUUUUAAUUAUUGGGUACUAUUGGGUUUAGCAAGUUUAUGGAUGUUAUUGUGGUGGUUUAGCUCUCAAAUACGUGUUCUUGGUAAUGAACGAAAGUUUGCUAUUGUAACAGAUGAUGUGGUUAAAGGAAAGGAUAGUAUCAAACUUUUACAUCCAAGAGAAUAUGAUAUUUUGCAAGGAGCAAAUAGUAUCGCAGAUCUUUGGCAACGAGCCGUUCAGAGACACAAAACACUACGUUGUCUAGGACAGCAAAAUGAUGUUGGAGAUCCUGUUUGGUUAACUUAUGCCACUGUGGACGCUCAGGCACGAGAACUUGGUUCUGGUCUAUGUGCACUUGGUGCUAUGCCUGGUGAUGUUAUUGGUGUAGGCUGUCAAGCAAGUGUGAAGUCUGUUAUUCUUGAAAUUGCCUGUGCUAUGUAUGGAUUUACAACACUUCCAUUGGUUGGGAAAAGUACAACGUUUCGAACACUUAUUGAUGAACACAAGAUAAAGAUUGCCUUCGCUAGUCGUGGGGCAGUAGGAUCUCUAUUAACAUGUCGUUCACGUAGUUUAGAAACGAUAAUUCAUAUGUAUCCUUUUUCGGAUGCAACUGAUAGUGCCAUGGCACGGGAUGUUGAUAUUUCACUUAUUCCAUAUGAUGAAGUUUGCCAUAAAGGUCGUUUACAUGUUGUACCAACAUCAUUAUGUGUGGAUGGUGAUAGUGUUUUUUCACUCGUCGUCGAUACAGUUACAAGUGGUGAAACUCUUAAGACGAUUCGAAUUACACACGCUGAAGUAUUACAUAAUAUUCGUACUCUUGUUGCUACUUCUGUACUCCCUUCACCAGGUAAAAAACAUAUUAUGGUUCAAUUUACACCAUUUGGAGUAUUUUUUAACCGUAUAUUUAUACUUGGACUCUUUGCCCAUGGUAGUUGUGUAGCCACAUCAGAAGUGGCAAGUCGAGAUGUAUUUGCAACAUUUCGACCAACUAUUAUGUUGGCUAAUCCUUCAUUGUUUGAUACAAGUGCUAUUGAACUAAAACGUGCAAAUGAACGUUAUGGACGUAUUUAUUCUUGUUUGUUUGAUAUGGUAUAUCAACUACGUUCUGUUCUUAUUAAUGUACACUAUCGCGAUUCAGCUUUUUUACGUUUCCUCUUUUUUCGUUCUAUCAGACGUCAAUUUGGUGGUAAUGUGGAAAAAAUUGUCAUGUGUACAUCUGAAGAAAGUUUACCAUACAGACUUGAAGAACAUAUUACGGUUUGUUUCGCUCCUUGUUUACGAGAAGUUUUCUUUUUACCAUCUGAGGGUGUCUUUUGUGUAGAUGGUAUUCCAGCUCCUAAUGUUCGUGUUACACUUGAAGCAUUUGAUGAACCAUCAAAAAAAGCAAAGAUUGGACAAUUAACACUUACUCGUGAAGAUGGGAAAUCACAUACACUUCCUAUUGCGGCUAAAUGGGACGAUGAUCGAACCUUACGUCUUAUGGGAGCAACAAAUGGGGUUUUAUUACCGGUUAAAUGUGAAUAUGUGGUAGCAGCAGAAUUAGAACGUAUUCUUGCUCAAUCACGUUAUGUAAGUGAUAUAUUCCUGUAUGCGCGACCAUCUCAGCCAAUCAUCGCUGUUGUAACACCUAACCGUGAUACAGUGGAAUUUGAGUGGCAACAUCAAUAUAAGAAACAACAACAAUUACAAGAAGAAAAAGAAGUGGAUAAUUAUAAAAAGUCUAACAUGAAAAAUAACGGAAUCAACUUGUAUGAUAGUGAAGGUAUACCAUUAAGCUGGACAGAUUUAUCUCGUUACGCAUCCGAUCUUCUUCUUGCUGACUUCCGAAGUAUUAUAAAAGCAAAUCAUCUACAUGAGUCUUAUGUUCCACAAUUCGUUCACCUUCAUCCUCACCCAUUCAGAGAUCAUGGAAAUUUUUUGACACCUUAUGCAGAAAUCCAACGUAAUUCUUUGGUAUUGUAUUUUAAAUCUGUUUUCGAUCGUCUAUACUCAGAUUCUGAGUCUACUGUUUUACCACCCCCUUGUUGUGGUAUUACCAGUGAUGAUGAUACAUCAACUAACGGAGCUUCUGGGAACUCUCUCCCUUUUCGAGUUCCUGUUGCAAUUGAUAUUGGUGGUACAUUCGCUAAAAUGCUUUAUGUACAACCCCCUGGUAGUUAUAAACUUCCUGAUUAUUUGGUUCACGAAGCGUCUUCACUUUCUAAAACGUUGGGGAUGCGAAUAUUUAAUUUUUUUAAAAAUCCAAAGGAUGCGGAGAAGGAGUUGAGUGAAAAUCCUUCUUCAAUGGUAGGUACAGUACGCUUCGCAAAGGUACCAUCGAAACGUAUUCCUGAACUUGCUGCUUAUUUGGGUGAUAUUAAAUUUCUUGAUCUUUACAAGCAGUCAUACCAUGAUCAUGUGCGUGCGACAGGAGGUGGUGCAUUUAAAUUUUCAUCUCUUGCAAAGAAACGACUGCAGACAACAUUUGAAGUUAUGCGAGAGAUGGAUGCUGUGGUUCAAGGCCUUGGUCUUGUUAUCCGCGAAGCACCGGAGUCCAUCUUCACAGUUGAUCCUCCCACCGGAACACAUCACGCACACAAGUUGUGGAGUCCCCCUGGUGAUGUUUUUCUCCCAUACCCGUGUCUUCUUGUGAACAUUGGCUCCGGCAUUUCUAUUAUUAAAGUCCACGGCCCCGAUGGAUCGCAUGUGCGUGUGGGUGGAAGUCCCAUUGGGGGUGCGACCUUCUGGGGCCUCGUGCGCACCAUGACGGACGUCACCUCGUGGGAGGAGGUGAUGGAAAUAAUGCGGUUGGACGGCCCCGGCGAUAAUCGCAAUGUGGAUUUGUUGGUGGGUGAUAUUUACGGCUACAACGCGGCGGACCUGCCGGCGAUGCUUUCUGUGGACACCGUCGCCAGUACGUUUGGGAAGUUGGGGACGGAGCGGUUCUACGCGGCACCAUCAGGGCCAACAUCGCCAAACUCAUCCACCAAGAACAAUACGAACGGCAUGGCCACAGCAACAACAGCAGCCGCAGGCAUUAAUCAUAAUAAUAACCAUAAUAACAGUAAUAAUAAUAAUAACAGCAACGGCAAUGGUGGUAGUAAUCAUCUUCACGGAGAAAGUAACACAACGGUGGCAAAGAAAAAACCGUCGGCUAUUGACAUUGUCCGCUCACUACUCAAUAUGAUUUCCAGUAACGUUACGCAACUCGCCUACCUCCACAGUCGUAUGCAGAAUGUCCCGAACAUUUUCUUCGCCGGUGGGUUUGUACGGGAUAAUCCUGUUAUAUGGAGUCACAUCAGCUCAACACUGUUGUACUGGUCUAAGGGAGAGUGUCACGCACACUUUCUCAAGUACGACGGUUAUCUUGGCGUCCUCGGAUCUGCAACCAUGUUAUCAGAUACAGAGGUGUCAUGA